AUGCUUCAUCGAACCGCUCUUCGCCUCGCUCUCUGUCUUCUUUUCUUUGUUUCGGUCUCUGCGGAAGGUGACGAGACAACACCACCGGCGGAAGACGUCAAAAAGCCAGAACCGCCAGAAGACAAAUUUGAUGCCGAGGGACACACAGAUUGGGGAAGCUACUAUGAUCCGCAAAACAUCUUCUGUGGAAAGUUCGAUUGUUAUAAGAUUCUGGGUUUCGAUUACGGAGAAUGGGCAACCGAUCGCCGUCCUUCCACAAAACAAAUUACAAAGAGAUACCGUGCCCUUUCGAGAGCCUGGCACCCGGAUAAGUCCAAGCAUAAGGAUGCCAAAGAGCGAUUUGUGAAAAUUGCACGCGCCUAUGAAGUGCUGACCGACUUUGAACAACGCAAGGAAUAUGAUCUCAUGAGAUUCAACCAAGAAGCCUACUUCAACAAGUAUGGAUCUGGUGUCAUUUUCGCAUACGCUCCAAAGUCCGAUGUUACGAUCAUUGUCAUCUUUUUGUUGGGUCUCGUGAAUUUGUACACAUGGUUCGCCCAAAAGAAUAGAUGGCAAAAUGUCGCCAAUCGUCUCAUCAAAGCCGCUGUGGAAGACUGGAGUCCUAGCAUGGGGGGGACUCCCGAGUCUAAGGGACUCAGAGUGGAUGCUCUUGCUAUUUUGAAAGAAAAGGAAGACACCGCCAAUAAUGCCACAGCAGAAACAGAGAAAAAGGGAGGAAAAGCCAAAAAGAUCAAGAUCAGUGCAAAGGAAAAGAAGCUCAUGGAACAAGAAGCACUUCGUCCCAUUAUUACAGAGAUGGUCGAGAACAUUGAAGAUUUUGGUGCAGGAUUCCACAAGCCAACAUGGGAAGACUUGUUCAUUGUCAGCUUGGCCAAGUUCCCAGCCAAAUUUGCCAGCGGUCUCCACUGGCAAGCUAAGUACUGGUACCGAAGACUCAUGAAGGAAGAAUUGAACGAGGAAGAACGUGCCGUCCUGACGGAACGCGCUGUGGGUCAUGUCCACUGGGAGCUGGCGUCUGACGAAGAUCGAAAAGCAAUGAUCAAACUUGAACUGUGGGUCAAGGAUAACUUUAUUGAGUGGACGGAAGAACAAGAGUUCAAGAAGCUCAGCAAAGCCGAACAGAAAAUGUACAAGAAAAUGAAACGGGGCGGAUCUAAGGACCACCUAGACUAA